AUGGACAUUCUUCGAUCAGGUCUUCACGUGAUGUUUAUGACUGGUGGUUGGUUAGAAAAAACCUUUUUUGCCCAAACUAAUGGGUCUCUGAGUGCGUACCACUCAGAUCUUUUGUCGCGCCGUGUUUCGGCGAUUGGUGUCAACCAGUUAGUUGUUCAGGAACCGAAACUGGUGUCCAAUAAUUGCAUUAAACCGGAAUCAUCAUCGUUGAACAUUUAG